AGAAAAAAAUUAUUCCAGAUGGUGGAUUGUAACAACAAUACAAGGAAACACAAUGAUUCAAGUUCUAACAAAAUAUUUGUUGGAGGGUUGGCUUGGGAGACUCAAAAGGAGACACUGAGAAGAUAUUUUGAGCAAUUUGGAGAUAUUAUAGAGGCUGUUGUCAUAACAGACAAGAACACUGGAAGGUCCAAGGGUUAUGGCUUUGUCACAUUCAAGGAUCCAGAGGCAGCAAAGAAAGCAUGCCAAAAUCCAUCUCCAAUAAUUGAUGGGAGAAGGGCAAAUUGUAAUAUUGCAUCAACUGCUGCAAACAAGAAACACUCAUCACAAACUCCUCAACAUGAAAGGUUUAAACCAAUGGCUGGAAUAUUGGCUUCACCUUCUCAUCAUCAUUUUGUUCCUUCAUCAACAUUUUUCCAUCAACCUAAUGAACAAUUCAGAAUUCCUUAUCCAACUUAUAGAUAUAAUGGAUACUCACAAGAAACAAUGGUCCCUAUGAAUUGUUAUGCUAUUUAUGGAGGUCAACAAUUCUCACCUUACUGCCCUUCCAAUAAUGGGGCAAUAGGGCCAUUAGGGUUUAUCCCUAAUAUUUACCCUUUGAAUGCUCAAUAUGCACAUAGAUAUCAUAGUCAUCAAGGUCAUGGUUUUAGGGUUCAAUAUCCACAAAUGAUGCAAAUUCCAGUUUUACCCCCUAGAAGACCAUAUGGCUCACCUGGUAUCUUGACUUUUCCUCCUUCAAUGCCAACACCACCAAUUACUAAUUCAGUGACAAGAACUGCUACUAAAAAAACAGAAGUGGCAACAAGAAAAGGUGCAAGUGCUUCAAGACCCAAAAGAACUUCUUCUAUCUAAAAUUCAUCAUCAACUUAAUCUCCAUAUGGAUAGAGAAAUUAUGUCUUGAAAAUAAUUAUGAAGAUCAAAGAAGGGUUCAAGGACAAGAAAGGGUUGAUAAUAGUGAUAUAUACUUGAAUACUUGGUGAUAUGAUUCAUCAAAAAAGA